GUGUGAUGUCGUGGUUACCGUAGGUGACAGUCAAUACAUGGGUCUUGUCUAUAAGAAUCCCCUUUACUCCGUGAAAGGGGAGGUAUGAUUGCUUUAACUGAAGUCACUAGGGGUGGAGUGGGGUCGAAGCUGUGGCGUGUCUGUGCGUGCGUGUGCACUGAAGUGUGUACGUGGAUAUCGGUGUUGUGCGUGAGCUGAGGCGGGUGUGUGGGUGUGUCAGAGCAGUCUGUGCCUGCAAGUCCACGAACUUUCGCAAGACAAGACAUACAUGAUUACCUACAUUACCUGACCCUGUUUAACCCCUGACGUCAUGCUUCCCUGUCACGGAGAUCACAGCACCUGUCGAUUAUCCCAGGUCUGCUAUCAGGGUUGCAAUAAAUGUAGUCUCCAAAUUGCAUUCCUAAGAAAUUUUGUCCAUUCACAAUUUUUAUUUUUUUUCAAUUACAUCAGAACUAGUCAAACUUAAUUACAACAGAACGUUAUCAAAACUCAUGGAAUCAUAUGAAUCUCGUAAUCUUUCUCGGUGGCACCUAACAGACAGUCUGGGUGAGUACAGUAUGCGUAUCUUCAUACUAAGAAAACAGUAAACAGUGCCUGGUUGCUACCGACACGUCUCACCGAGUUGGUUCAACAACCAUUGCAACAUUGCAUGCGGUUUGUUACCCCGAGUGUGUUUGCCGAGAUCCUGAAUAGAAUCCAUAUCUGGUGCCUGACUGAAACCACAGAGAGGGGAGACCGAGAGAUAUGCGAGCUUUCAUGCUACUGGCAGGAAACGAAUUAAGAAAGAACAGAUAACUGUGGCAAUGACCACGGUGGGGCUCACGUUCCCGCGUGCAUUUGCGCGGACUGUGCUGCACGUGAUGGUAUUACAGUAAUUAUAGUGUGAUAGACAUAAUGAUAUUGUCUUGAUCGUAACACUUUGAUCAAGAAGUCUUUGCUUCGAAAUUUGAUGCCAGAUGUGCUGUCAGUGAUUGUGACACGGCGUGGAUUUGUCACCAAAAGGAAGUGAAGCCGAACAUCUCUGUCCUCGGCUCCUCUACUAAUUGCUAGACCAUGCCCACAGACCUGCCAUCAUGAGCGAUGCAGUGGGCUCCCAGUCUUCCCUGCGUCAACGACAAUGGCGCCAAAAGCGGACGGCAGUGAGGCGCUGGCGGAUGUUACGUCAUCGUCGAAAGCAUCAUCCACAGCUGAAGGAAGUAGACGCGCAUCACCGCUGUUAUACGACGCUGUCUGCGGUGCAGAAUGGGAUUCGAACGCGGAUCAGCUGCGUCGCAGGAUCAACGGAUAAACACGACAGCCAAGAUUACAGCUUUGUUGACGAAGUUCCACAUCGAACUUCAGACGGAGAGCUCCUGCUUUUUCGCAACUAUGCCCCUGGUGCCUUUGCGACCGUUCGGCAGAUGACUGGCAUCAAAGAAGACAACUUUUUGACAUCCAUGGCUGGAGAUGGUCGUAGCUACGUGGAGUUUGACAGCAACUCACGUAGCGGCUCCGACUUCUACUUCAGUCGCGACAUGCGAUACAUUCUGAAGACGAUCCAGAAGAAAGACGCUGUGUUUCUCCUGUCUAUCCUGGGGGACUACAUCCAACACCUGCGCGUCUAUCCGCACUCUCUUCUGACCAGGUGUGUCGGAUGUUAUUCAGUGAACCAGAAAGGCAAGAAGGAGAAAUAUUUCCUGGCGAUGCUGAACAUCUUUUACCCGACUGACAGAAUAGAGGAACGGUUUGAUGUCAAGGGUUCAACUAUCUUCAGGUAUCAAAAGCCUAAAAAGUCUGGGUUCAGUGGCCACCUAGUGCUCAAGGACCAGAACUUUCUCCGCGAUGAGAUUGAAUUAGGUCCCUACAAGGACUGGUUCCUGCGCCAGAUCUCGGCCGACUCCGCGUUUCUGCGAGAUCGUGACAUCAUGGAUUACAGCUUGCUGAUUGGUCGUCAGGUACUUCACGCGGACGAAAAGCACAGCAGCUUCCCUGAUCUGGUCGCAAGACUUCAGAAGUCUGUGCCUCGCGACUGCUGCGCUCGGACUUGCGUAAGUGGUCUUCACGCGCAGAACGGAAGUGCUCUUAAGCAUGAUGUCAGCAUGCCGAUCACAUCACUGACCUUAAAUCCCUUCCAGGAAAAACGAAGCCUUCCAGAGACAAAUACAUCGGAAGAAAUUUGGCAAAAGCGGACAGAACUGACAGACAACGAAGAAAGUUUCCAACAUAUUCCAGGAAGUGUAGUGAUAGACUCACCCACUGCAACAGCGUCACAUCCUGUGAAUGGUUUCUGUAAGUCACAUGCUGUGAAUGGCUUCUGCACGUGUUCUCUGGAACAGCGCGUGACGAACUUCCUGCAGGAGAGGCGUCGUCUGCUACCGUUCUGUGACAACGCACUGCAUGUCAUCGACGGCUCAAAGUAUCGGUACUUCCUGGGCAUCGUAGACAUUCUCAAAGAGUGGAAACAAGUGCCUAAAGUGACGCAACUCUUCCGGUUCUGUUAUUGCUGGGGAGAGCACUCAACUAUGCCGCCUGACUACUACUCACGUCGCUUUAUUAACUUUGUUUCAAACAGAACCAGCUGACGGUCGACACGAGACAAAAAUAAUCAAAUUAAAGAAAAGAGAUCUUUAUAACUGGCUACAGAUAGAGCGAUAGAGUAUGAAAGCUGUAGUAGAUGUAGUGCUCAAAGCAAGUGUGUGACUGGUGAUUGUCGAGAAAAUGGUGGCCGUCAUUAAUUAAAAGGUGAACUUCCAUUCUGCAAUAAGAGGUAAAAUAUAUUCUUGUAUAUGUCUUGUCUUAUCUGUGAUAAAUGCUCAUUGUGAAGAAAAAAAUUGGAGUCAUCAGCCUGACAGAGUACUAAAAUACAGUCUUUAUUUAUUCAU